AUGACUCAUUCAGAAUGUUUCUCGAGCAGCAAAUCAUCAGACUGCGGUGACAACUCUGAUGAAGAAACCUGUGGUUCCUGUGGGAAGAUGAACAUCCGCUGUCCUGAUGGCACAUGUCUAACCCCGAGACAGAGGUGUGAUGGAGUUGCUCAGUGCUCAGAUAAGAGAGAUGAGCCUCUCACAUGUGGUAAAAGUUGUCAUAAUGGGAAUGGUGGCUGUAGUCAUACUUGCUUUGACCAGCUUUGGGGGGCUUUGUGCACUUGUCCCACUGGAAUGACCCUUUCUGCAAAUGGACUUGAUUGUGAAGAUGUCAAUGAGUGUGCCCAGUCUUUCGGACCUUGCAUGCACUUGUGCACAAAUACACCCGGGUCUUUUCGGUGUCUGUACCAGAAUGGUUUCAAACCUCUUGGCAACGGUUCUUGUGAAGCUCAAGGAGCCGUGACAAAGAUAUUGACCACCAGGAAGGGGCUGAUUGGGUUAGUGAAUGUGAAGACCAGAGUCUAUGAGCCGCUCUUUGCAAGUGAGAGCGACCCUAUAGCCAUGACCUACAAUAUCCAAAGAAGCUUAAUCUACUGGGCUGAUAAAGAUGGGAAUAUCUACCAGGCUUUGAACCGGAAGAGCACGAUUCUUUAUUCAGGGCAGUCUGGUUUGCACAGUCUAGCCAUCGACUGGCUUACUGGACAACUGUACUGGACGAGUGUUACCCAGAAAGCCAUCUACACCGGUGCAGCUGAUGGCAGUGAUGUAGGCACGGUCAUGUCCAAAGAAAUGGACCCGAGAGAUAUGGUCCUCAGCCCAACUGAGAGUUUCAUAUUUUGGAUUAAUAAAGGAACAAAUGACAAGCUAACCAUUGAGAGGGUGGAAAUGGAUGGUUUAAAUCGGACUACACUGGUUUUCAUUACUGCACAGCUACCGAGAAGUCUUACAAUGGAUGUGGCAGCGCGCCGGCUGUAUUGGAUCAGUGUUUACAAAGCGUCAAUUGAGAGCAUCAGGACAGACGGCACUGGACGGCAUACCUUCUGGGAUUUCUUUCAAGGACGUCCUGCUCAGACCCUGGCCGUGUUUAAUGGCUGGUUUUAUUUGGCCGAUGAGAAAAAACUCUGGCAGGCUCCUCAAAAUAUGUCUUCUGACACACUAAAUGGCUUCAUCUUAAAAGCCUCGCUUCCUGUCUUGAGCAUCUACCAUGUGCUUCAGCAGCCCCAAGGGUUUGCACCAUGUAAAGACUCCGGCUGCCAGCUGUGUUUGCCCUCCAAGAAAAGUGCUGCUGGGUUCACCUGUCUGUGUCCUGAGGGAGCGCUGCCCAUGUCUUGGGGAUCUUGUGAAAAUUUUAAGGUUGCCUAUGCAACAGCCACGGUCAUAUACAGCUUGGAGUUUGCAGGAGAGACUCCUGUGAAAACUGAACUCUUUACUUCACAUGAAGACAUCCAGUCCUUUGACAUGUACUGGCGGAGAGGAUGCGUGGUUUGGUCUAAUGGGACGGGCCAUGUGAAGACUAACAUCCAGUCUCAGGACUUGUCUGAAUACAUUCUGACUUUAAAACCUGCCUGCAUCGUCAGAGUUGACCAGAGGACUGGGAAUCUGUAUUGGCUAGCCUGUGAUGAACUUUCCAUUGGCGUUUCUACCAUUGGCACCCUUGACCAGAGUAUCUCCAGACAGCUAUAUCAAGCCAGAACUGCAAUUCUAGACCUCUUUGUGGACUGGCAGAGAGGAAAGCUGUACUGGCUGGAGGGAGGUCAGGUCAUGAGAAUGAAACUGGGUCUGAUUGGUGGAAAUGCAGAGGCUAUCUUCAGCUUUGAGGAGGAUGGAGUUGACCGCGUUGUGUUUGAUCGUAAAGCAAAUGGCUUCCUUUGGAACAUGGAGUCUUACUUGCAGGUUAUGAGUCUACUGAAGAUGAGAAGGUACUCUGCUGGUAAAGACUGGGUUGUUCCUGGCUCCAUCAUGGCUGCUUAUGAACCCUACAUGGUGACCUUGUUCAAUAACAUCCUGACAGUGUGGAAUCGCAAAGAUGGAGCUCGUGUCUCUGGGGUGGCGGUAGAGAAUAGAGUUGUUAGCUUAUCUGUUGCCCUUAGGGAAGUCCAACAAGAUACAACAGCUGAAGAUGUGCGUCCUACUGAGUUGACUUGCAAAAGUCCCCUAGUCAUUUGUCAUGGAUCAAGCGUGUGUAUCAGUCGAUCUCAGCGGUGUGAUGGGAACAGAGACUGUCCGGAUGGAUCUGAUGAAGCCUCAUGUGUGCACAUGUGUGCAAAGCCAGGUGACUUCCUGUGUAAGGAUGGAAGUAAAUGUGUGGAGAGGGAUCUGGUGUGUGACGGCCGCUCUCACUGCAUUGACGGGUCCGAUGAGAUGGGAUGUCCCACCACUGCUUCUGAAACCGUCUCGGCAACAUUCAGGUGUCGUGUGGGCUCUAAACCCUGUAAGGACGGACGUGAGUGUGUGCUUUACAGUCAUGUGUGUGAUGGAGAGAUGGACUGUAAAGAUGGAUCAGAUGAACAGGACUGUGAAUAUCGGUGUAAAGCAGAUCAGUUCCAGUGCGCUCAUGGGAGGAUGUGUAUCGACAGAAAGCAGGUGUGUGACGGCACACCUCAGUGUCAGGAUCGCUCUGAUGAACUGGACUGUUUCAGUCGCUCGCACAAAUGCAAACAUCAGUGUGAUGAUAAAACUCGCUGCAUCCCAGAGAGCUUUCUCUGUGACGGAGAGAAAGACUGUGUGGACGCCACUGAUGAAGCCAACUGCUCUGAGAUUAAAAGAGGGGAUAUAAAUUUGGUGACACUAAACAAAGGCAACAAGGAACAAGGUUUGCAACCUCCACCUCCAGUCUGUAGAAGUCCAUCCGUGAUGUGUCCAGGAACAUCAUUGUGCAUUUCCCAGAUUCGACUGUGUGAUGGAAAGAUAGAUUGUCCGGAUGGUUCUGAUGAAGUUUCGUGCGUACAUGCUUGUUCAAAACCUGGUGACUUCCUGUGUAAGGACAGAAGGAAGUGUAUUGAUGGGAAUCUGGUGUGUGACGGCCACUCUCACUGCCUUGACGGCUCUGAUGAGAUGACUUGUUACAUGGCGGCUAGAAAUUCAAAACCGGCACCAUUAAAGUGUCGUGUGGGCUCUAAACCCUGUAAGGACGGACGUGAGUGUGUGCUUUACAGUCAUGUGUGUGAUGGAGAGAUGGACUGUAAAGAUGGAUCAGAUGAACAGGACUGUGAAUAUCGGUGUAAAGCAGAUCAGUUCCAGUGCGCUCAUGGGAGGAUGUGUAUCGACAGAAAGCAGGUGUGUGACGGCACACCUCAGUGUCAGGAUCGCUCUGAUGAACUGGACUGUUUCAGUCGCUCACACGAAUGCAAACAUCAGUGUGAUGAUAAAACUCGCUGCAUCCCAGAGAGCUUCCUCUGUGACGGAGAGAAAGACUGUGUGGACGCCACUGAUGAAGCCAACUGCUUCAGUGACAUAAACGCCAUCAAACUGAUGAGAGCUUCGGAUCUUCCCAUGUUUCUCUAUGGCACUUCCAUUCCUCAUACGGUGUACGUAAGACGGUCGACACACAGUGACGUAAUUUGUGCGCGGCGUUCAACAACGGUGGACGGCACUGAUGAAUCUGACUGCGGGUACCCCACAAAGGUGGUGAAGUGUGAGAGUCCUGCUGUGUUGUGUCGUGACGGGUCGCUGUGCAUCCCUCACACCAUGCUCUGUGAUGGCAAGAGAGACUGUCCUGAUGGAUAUGAUGAAACGUUUUGCUUUGACCGAUGUCCAAACGCAGGUGACUUCCUGUGUAAGGACAGGAAGAAGUGUGUGGAGAGGGAUCUGGUGUGUGAUGGCCGCUCUCACUGCAUUGACGGGUCAGAUGAGAUGGGAUGUCCCACCACUGCUUCUGAAACAGUCUCCACAACAUUCAGGUGUCGUGUGGGCUCUAAACCCUGUAAGGACGGACGUGAGUGUGUGCUUUACAGUCAUGUGUGUGAUGGAGAGAUGGACUGUAAAGAUGGAUCAGAUGAACAGGACUGUGAAUAUCGGUGUAAAGCAGAUCAGUUCCAGUGCGCUCAUGGGAGGAUGUGUAUCGACAGAAAGCAGGUGUGUGACGGCACACCUCAGUGUCAGGACCGCUCUGAUGAACUGGACUGUUUCAGUCGCUCGCACGAAUGCAAACAUCAGUGUGAUAAUAAAACUCGCUGCAUCCCAGAGAGCUUCCUCUGUGAUGGAGAGAAAGACUGUGUGGACGCCACUGAUGAAGCCAACUGUGCUCCCAUUACUAGCCCGUCCAUCACAGACCAGCCAGUCUGCUUUAGCCCUUCUGUAUUUUGUCAUGAAACCUCAAAAUGCAUCUCACAGUCCCAGCUGUGUGAUGGAAAGGCUGACUGUCCCAGUGGAGCUGAUGAGCAGUUUUGCAUAUAUUCAUGUCCAGAUCCAGGCCAGUUUCUGUGCAAGGACAGACGGAAGUGUGUUAAGCAAGCCCUGAUGUGUGAUGGCCAGCCACACUGUGCUGACGGGUCAGAUGAGAAACAGUGCCCCACCUGUGCUUUGCUUUGUGACCAGAAGAGGGUGUGUCUGACUAGCCAGCAACUUUGUGACAGAAAACCAGACUGUAGAGAUGGUUCAGAUGAGAAAAACUGCUACACUGGUCGUGUGGUCGCAAGUGCUGCAUUACCUCUGAAAUGUCCCUUGGGAUCCAAACCUUGUAGUGAUGGGAAAGAGUGUGUCCUGUACAGCCAUGUGUGUGAUGGGGAGAAAGAUUGCAAAGAUGGGUCUGAUGAGAGGAACUGUGAACGUAAAUGUAAAAAAGGCCAGUUCCAAUGUGCUCACGGCAGAAAGUGUAUAGACAUGAAGCUUGUGUGUGACGGCACACCUCAGUGUCAGGACCGAUCAGAUGAAAUCAACUGUAUGAAGCUCUCAGAGGAGUGCAGGCACCCGUGUGACAACAAAACCCGCUGCGUUCCUGAAACCUUCCUCUGUGAUGGAGAGAGAGACUGUGCGGAUGGCACUGAUGAAGUCAACUGUGACUUUGCCCUUGUACAAGGCAGUAAACGUGCCUCUAAUACAAGUAACUGCAAGGUGACUCCACUGAAGUGUGGAGCGUUCCAGUGGUCGUGUGUAUCUAAAACGCAAUGCAUUGCAACGACCUGGAGGUGUGAUGGCGUAAAGGACUGUAAAGAUGAGAGUGAUGAAUCUGGAUGUGGUCAAGUGAAAUGCCCGACACACUUGUUCCAGUGUGGAAGUGGGGAGUGUGUGGACCCAGAUCUGGUGUGCAACAAGGCAUCUGACUGUGCAGACGGUUCUGAUGAGGGUCUGGGGUGUCUAAAGAGCAACUGCUCCAGUCCCAGCCACCCAUCAUGCCAGCACUACUGCAUCAACACGCCACAUGGAGCGAGAUGUGGCUGUAAGACUGGCUUCAGGCUUCAGUCUGACGGUUUAACCUGCAACGACAUAAAUGAAUGUAAAGAGAUUCAGCCCGCUGCCUGCAGUCAUAAAUGCCUCAACACGCUGGGCUCUUACCUGUGUCAAUGUGACCCUGAAUUUAUACUGGAGCCAGAUGGACAUAGCUGCAAGACAGCAGAGGAACCCAGUCUUUUGAUCUCUGAACAGUAUGAGCUGUUAAAUUUGGGUCUGCGAAGCGCCAGUAUUCAAGCUCUCAUCGCACCAGGACGGAAGGCCAUCUUCUCUCUGGACUACGACCGGAGAGAGCAGAGGGUGUACUGGGUCAGUCUGGAGGAAGAGAGCAUCAAAUAUGCCUUCCACGGAAUAAAGGACAACAUUGGAACUAUUGUCAAAGGUGUGAAAUCCGACUCCAUUGCUAUUGACUGGAUGGGAAGGAACCUUUACUGGGUGGAUGGUGUUGCUGGGCAGAUUCUAGCUGUGAGAUUGACCAGCAGUAAUGUAGAGGCACAAAACUACUUAACAGUUGUGGAUAAGGAUUUGCAUCAGCCUCGUUCGCUUGUGCUGCUGCCUCAGAAGGGGAUAAUGUUCUGGUCUGAGAUUGGAGGUCAGGCACAGAUCGAGCGCUCUGGCAUGGAUGGCUCGGACAGGAAGGUGGUGGUCAGCCGUGGUCUCGAGCGGCCUGUCAGCGUGACGGUGGACAUAUUGACUGACAGACUGUACUGGACUGACGAGAAGCUCCGGUGUAUAGGCUCAGCGACGCUGGAUGGAGAAAACAUAAGGUUGCUGCAGCUGUCGGAGAUGCCCAAGCUUUUCUCUGUGGCUGUGUUUAAUGACAUGGUCUACUGGUCUGACACUCACAGAAGAUCCGUUCAAGGUGCCAAUAAACUGACUGGCAAGAACCGCAAAGUUCUUCUCAAGAGACCCGGGCAGCCGUUCGACCUCAAAGUUGUCCACCCUCUUUUGCAACCCAAUGUGUCCGGCCCGUGUGAGAAGCUCAGAUGCUCUCACGCGUGUUUGCUGGCUCCGGGGCUCAAAGCGGUCUGUCGCUGCCCAGCGGGGAUUCUCUUAGCCGCGGACGGAUUCACCUGCGCCACACCUGUGGAUUCCUCCUCUUCUUUCCUCAUGCUGCUGUCUCCUACCAUGAUUACACAGAUCUUCACUAAGAGCCUUCAGGCAGGAUUCGGGCUGAAGACGUGGCCAGAGCACCGUGCUCUACCUCUGCCCGCCGUGAAUGAAGCUUCAGGCUUCGAUCUGCUCCGCAAGGACAGCACCAUCUCCGUAGCUGACGCCGGACGCGGGUCUGUAGCUCAGCUCAAACUCAGCGGCUCUGGUUUCACACCCAUCGGUCACGUGCUUCAGCUCAAAGGGGACCUGGUGACCGCUCUCGCUGUGGACUGGGUCACCCGAAACCUCUACUGGAGCAGCGUCAAGAGCCCCCAGCUUUACGUCACGUCCCCCGGAGGGAAAUACACCAGCCUGGUGCUGCCGGCUAAGCUGGAGGGAACCAUCUCCAUCGCCCUGCACCCUCCCACAGGCCGGCUGUGCUUCACCGCAGUGGGACGGAGGGCAGCCCAAUCUCUGCCUCAGGUGGACUGCGCUCACAUGGACGGGAGCAAUCGCACGCUGCUGUGGAGCAAAGCAAAGAUGCCUGCUUCACUUGCCUUUUCUGAGAAAGGAACAACACUGUAUUGGGCAGAUAUUGGCAAUGAAAUAAUUAGCUCUAUUAAUAUGGACGGCUCUAAUUAUAAGGAGUACAGCACCGGAUCUGCCUUCAUUGUGUCCUUUGCUCGUGUUGAGAACAUCUACUUCUGGAUCACUCUGGACAACGGUACAGCUAAAGUAUGGUACACGGAUGGUUUCCAGCCCAAACUGAUGUGGUUUGAGGUGAAGGCAAACGUCAUUGAGCUGAAGGCUUACAGCAGGUCCAGUCAGAAAGGAACCAAUGUCUGUUCUGGAAACAACGGGGGCUGCAGUCACCUGUGUCUGCCGUAUCCAGGUGGACGCUCGUGUCGCUGUGCGCAGGACUACCUCUCUGUGAACAAAACCAAAUGUGUUUCCAACCUGAAGUGUCCCGCGGGCAGUAAAGCGUGCAGAGACAGCCUCACGUGCAUCCCUGCGGCCAAGUUCUGCGACCAGAUCCCAGACUGCCAGGACGGCUCGGAUGAGGAGUGUGGCAGUGUGAAAAUCAAACCAGGUGUCAAAUCCAAAUCUGGACUUGACACUGCACAAUCAGACCGUCUGCCUGCCCUGGGCUCUGCUGAUGGCAGUGAGUCGUGUGAGGCGGAGCGCUGCAGCGGUCACGGGACGUGUGUGAGUGUGGAGGGUGAGCCGGUGUGUGAGUGUGAGGAGGGAUACAGCGGGGAUCUGUGUCAGAACGCCGCCUCCAGCAGCACUGCGCUCGCGCUCACACUCACCUUUCUCUUCGGAGGUGCUCUGAUGGCCACUGUCGUCCUCAAGAGGAGAAGGGCACAAGUAGCGAGGGAAGAGGCCACUGAAAAAGAAACGCUUGUGACUGACGUGGAAGAGCGCACAACCUACUCUCAAAACUUUGCUAAUGAGUUGUACGAUCCUGAAGAGGCUCCGAUUACUCCAGCCAUUACCACCCCUGUUGUCAGCUAAUGCUUUUUUUUGGUCUAAUAAAAAAAAUUAUUAUAUUGCAAGAAA